AUGGCCAAUCCAGGAGAAUUCAAGCACCAUGUCGUCCAACUAGAUGGCCACAUUGACCUUCCACCUCUCCGUUUCCCUCAUACCUUCGAAAAACACCUCUCCACGUCCUCUUCUGAGCUUCCAUCCCGCGUAGCCUCGGCUACAAUCGCCAUCGCAACCGCCACUUCAUUCGUAAAAGCGAGUUUCACCCAUGCACCCUCCCUCCAACUGAUUUCCUGCUUGGGCGCUGGUUGUGACAGAUUCGACCUCCACGCAGCCAAGGAGGCUGGCGUCACCGUGACCAAUACGCCUGCUCAGAAUACUAGUACUGUUGCUGAACAUGCGUUGAGUUUGUACUUUGCGGUCAAGAGGAAGAUUGUGGAGUUGGAUGUGUUUACGAAGGAAGGAGAAAAGUGGAGUAAACAGGGGAUGAGUGUGAUGGAAUUCAGGGGUGUGAUGCCUCGUGUUUGUGAGGAGGAGACGGUGGGGAUUAUUGGAUAUGGUGCUUUGGGCAAACGCGUCGAGAAGAUGUGCAAAGCCCUCGACAUGACCGUCCUCAUCGCCGAACGUAAAGGCAGCAGCACCACCCGUCCAGGUCGCACAUCUUUCGAACAAGUCCUCCGCACAAGCACAACACUCUUCCUAACCUGCCCCCUCGACCCCAGCACCCACAACAUGCUCUCCCAUCACGAACUUACCCUCCUCUCACCAACCAGUAUCCUCAUCAACGUCGGUCGCGGCGGCAUCGUCAACGAACUUGCUCUCGCCACUGCCCUCAAGAAAGGCAAACUUGGAGGUGCAGGUACAGAUGUUUUCGAGCAUGAACCAGCGACCAAAGAGAAUUGUCCACUAUUAGCUGGAGAUGUGCCGAAUUUGGUUUGUACGCCGCAUUUAGCUUGGUUUUCUGACAGGACUGUGGUGGGGACUAAGGAGUGUGUGAGGGACACUAUCGAGGCCUUUGUGAGGGGAGAGCCUGCUAAUAUUGUUGUGGAUGGAAGGAGAGGGCAGUAG